AUGUCAAAAGCGCCUCUCAAGAAGUCCGACUGGGAACGCCAGCUCUCCUCCAUCAACGUUGCAAAAGAUGAUCUCAACCGCCUCGUGAUGGACUACCUGGUCAUCGAAGGAUACAAAGACGCAGCUGACUGCUUCAGCAAAGAGAGCGGCCUCAAGCCCUUUGUCGACUCGGACAGUAUCCUCACCAGGAUGAUCAUUCGCGGUGCCAUUCAACGUGGUGACAUUGUUGAUGCCAUCGGUCGUGUCAACGAGCUGGACCCGGAGAUCCUGGAUAACAACCCGCUUUUAUUCUUCCAUCUUCAGCAACAACGGCUUAUCGAGCUCAUCCGAGCUGGCUUGAUCAAUGAUGCAUUGGCAUUCGCCGCAGAAGAGCUUGCUCCUCGUGGUGAGGAGCAUCCCGACCUCCUACCCGAGCUUGAGCGUACAAUGGCGCUUCUAGCCUUCGACGUGCCCAAGGCAUCGGGUGUCGCCGCUGCUGGACCACUCGCCGCUCCACUCCACGUCGCAGAGCUGCUUUCUCCCAGUCAACGACUCAAGACAGCUGGAGAGCUAAAUGCGGCAAUCCUUGCUUCGCAGAGUCAGGGUCGUGAACCAAAGCUGCCUCAGCUGAUCAAGAUGCUCAAAUAUAGCGAAGAGCUCAUGGGCCCCACUGGUCCGGGCAAGUGGGAGUUCCCUCAUCUCGAUCUCGAAGGUGCACUCGGAAUCGGCGCACCUAACACAAUUCGUAACGGCGAUGCUGAGACCGCGCUCGCUACCUGA